AUGGGGGCGGCACUGAGGGCGGGGGGUGCAGCCACUUUCGAUGGUGCAGCCACUUGUGAUGCUCCUGCUGCCAGAUCGAGGUCGUGGGUGCGGCAAAGGGGCUUCGGGCUCCGCCCCUGCGAGGCUCUCUCUCUCCGCCGCCCCCGACCCCCCUGCGGUGGAGCCCAGGUGCCUCCCUGGAAGGCCGCCCCCCCCCCCCCUUCGCCCACUGCCUCCGUGCGCGCCGCCGCCGGCAGGCAUGCCCUGGAGUGCCCCAGACCUGCGCUCGUCAUCUCGGGCGCGGCCCUGCGCAGCCUGCUGCUCGAGGCCACGGCCUGCGGCGAGCUGCGGCGGCUGCUGCUCGAGGCGGCUCAGCGCUGCUGCACCGUGGUCUGCUGCCGGGUCUCCCCGAAGCAGAAGGCCGACGUGGUCGGCCUGGUGAAGUCGCAGGUGCGCUCGGCCGUGACGCUGUCGAUCGGCGACGGGGCCAACGACGUGUCCAUGAUCGUGACCGCUCACGUCGGCGUCGGCCUGACGGGGAAGGACUUCGUGAACUCUGGCCGCAUGAUGCGGUGGGGAACGGUCGGCCCCUGGGAGGCGAUCUACCUCCCAGCAGGCUCCAUCUGCGCAGAGCGCAUCAACAACGGCGAGGACUGCUACGGCUUCAAACUGUCGCUCUUCAACGCCAAGGACUCCAAGGCGCUGGACAUCAUGAAGAAGUACGGGGAUGAGAUCGAGUCCGCGACGGGCAGGCCCUCGGAGGCGACGAAACAGGCCAUCAAGUUCGUGAAUGAGGUCAGGAGCUUCGAGGCCGAAGCCGCUGCUGCG